GGUACAGUCGUCCUUCCCCGACAAUCUCCCGCGGACGUGCGUCAGGACGCGGCGCCCGCCGUCUUAUCAGCGUUAUCGGCGGACGGACGGGCUUUAAGAGGCCGCGUCAGAUCCCAGAGAGUCACGACACCAGGAGACGACGUGAGGCACAUCGCACAGGCACGAGCGGACGGACGAACCGUGGAGCGCGAUGUCGCAGGCCGAGCUGAACGAAACAGCUGUGGAGAAUUUCCGCGAGUACCUGCGGAUACCGUCGGUGCAGCCGGACAUCAACUACGAUGACUGCGUGGCAUUCUUAACCAGACAAGCGCAGUCCCUUGACUUGCCGAUCAAAGUCUAUCACGUAUAUCCCAAGAAACCGAUUGUAGUUCUGACAUGGGUGGGGACGCAACCGACGAAACCGUCGAUUCUGUUAAACAGUCACAUGGAUGUGGUGCCUGUUUUCGAAGACAAAUGGACCUAUCCACCGUUCAGCGCACACAUGGACGAGGAAGGCAACAUCUACGCUCGUGGCGCUCAGGACAUGAAGUGCGUGGGAAUACAAUAUUUGGAGGCUGUCCGCAGACUGAAACAGAAUGGACAACGCUGUCAACGCACCAUCCACCUCUCUUUCGUUCCGGAUGAGGAGAUCGGAGGUGUUCUCGGAAUGAAAGAAUUUGUGCACACUGCAGACUUCAAAGCUCUAAACGUCGGUUUCGCGUUGGACGAAGGUGUGGCAGGCCCGUUCGAGACCUUCUACAUGUUCUACGGAGAGAGGUCGAUCUGGCAUAUUGAAAUUAAGUGCGCGGGCACUCCCGGUCACGGGUCGAUCAUGAUGGACAACACGGCUGGGGAAAAAUUGAGAGUCGUAAUCGACCGCUUUAUGGACUUUAGAGCCUCGCAGAAAGCAAAACUCACAGAUCCUACGAAAUUGGCAACUACUCUUGGCGACGUGACAUCUGUCAAUCUUACAAAAAUUUGGGGUGGCGUACAGACUAAUGUUGUACCCGUCGAGCUCAGCGCUAUGUUCGAUGUUCGUCUAGCACCAUCCGUUGAUCACGAGGAAUUUGAGGCUACUAUUAAACGCUGGUGCGAAGAAGCUGGUCCAGAUGUAACCUACUCUUUUGAGGAGAAAAAUCCCAAAAUUGAGAGUACCAAGCUCGACGAUUCUAACCCUUACUGGAUCGCUUUUAAAAAAGUCUGCGAUGAAAUUGGUAUAAAUUUGGAAAUUGGUAUCUUCCCAGGAGGCACCGACAGCCGCUUUGUGCGAGGGGUGGGCAUUCCUGCUCUCUGCUUCUCACCAAUGAACAAGACAAAGAUACGUCUUCACGAUCAUGACGAGUAUCUAAACAAGGAUAUAUUCCUGAAAGGAAUAGAGAUAUAUACCAAAAUAAUACCAAGUGUUGCGAAUGUUUAAACGAACACGCCAUAUGUUAUGCAUUAGAUAUUGCAAGUGCCAUAUUGAGAAUUAUAUUUAGAGCCACAGCUUAUUCGGCCAAUGAUAAGCUUUUAAUCAGAACCUCUUGAGUUUAAGAGGUCACAGCUCAACGUGCAAUAACGUACUAAGUCAAUAUUUCUAUAUUGCAUUUUUAUAUAUAAUACAUAUAUAUACAUUGUUAUACUUCUACAACUACUUUAGAUAUUUAGUAUUGUUGAAUUUGAAAAGAUAUAUAUCAAAUGAAAAGUAAUAUGAUGAAAAGAGGACGAACAUCUGUGAAAAAAACGGUAAUCAACAAUUCCAAUUUCCCAGUGAUAGAGGAAGAGAGAUACCUUAUACAAAGGAUAAUUGGAAAGUAACGUGAAUAACGACAUCAAGGAAACGAUGACCAAAUUUGAUGGAUAAUAAGAAAUUGAACAAGAUUUUUAUGCAUGAGGAGUGCAAAAUAACACUGGUGCUACGAAUGGGGCCAAUGCAAUCAGAUUAAAUUUGAGUAAUCUAUUGAUUACGUCCAGAGAAUUGCAAUGAAUAUUGCAUUGCUCUCAUGAAAUAUAUGGAUAUUUAAUACUAGAAGAAAUAUUUUUACAAGAAGAAUUUUUAUAUCGACGAAUUUAUAGAAGGAAUUUACAUCAACGAACUGAUAUUCUCGCGACGGAGAGUCAAGAUUGAAGCAUCGAGGGAAUUGAAGCUAUAAACGCGUAUAGUCUGAAGUUACUAAAUAGACUGAAAGCUCAAAUAUUUUGUAAUACAUAUUUUAAGGAAGUUAAUGCAGAGAGAUGUAUUUUGAGAUGGUGGUAAAUGUUACGAAUAAAAAGUACAGAAAAAAA